UGCAGCCACAUAAUAGUCUGGGCUGCGAUUGGAGAGAGCAAGUGCGCACGGACGCAGACGAUAUCCGAGGCAGGCACCGACCAGAACAGAGCUCAGCAUAGUAUCUGAUUUAACUGUAUUUGGGAAUCAAUUCAGAUUAUAAAGAGAAAACGUUCCAAUUGAGAAACGGAAAAGAAGAAGGGGUGAAAAUGGGACAUACAGUGUUACCCAUUUUGAUGGCCGUAUUGUCCCACUGCAUGUGGGGAAAUGUCGAGGCCUUGGCCAUGGCUGAGGUGAAUGGACCAGGGCCCCUGGUUGCCGAGCCGCAGAUUGCCAUGUUCUGUGGGCGUCAGCUGCUGCACAUGAACCCUGAGACUGGCCAAUGGGAGCCUGACCCUCAGGGCCGCCAGGGCUGCUUCACAGAGCCCAACCAGAUCCUGUCCUACUGCCAAGAGAUGUACCCAGCCCUACAGAUCUCCCAUGUGGAGGAGUCCUCCAGCCCUGUCACCAUCCCAGCCUGGUGUAAGAAGGGCUGGGGCCACUGCCAGACACGCCCCUUCAUCGUCAUGCCCUACCGCUGCCAGGUGGGUGAGUAUGUGAGUGAAGCCCUGUUGGUUCCAGACCGAUGCCGUUUCCUGCACCAGGAGCAGAUGGAUGCCUGUGAGAGCUACGUCUACUGGCACAACAUAGCCAAGGAGGCCUGCACAGCAGACAGUCUGGAGCUGCAUAGUUAUGGGAUGCUGUUGCCGUGCGGCGACCGUUUCCGUGGGGUGGAGUAUGUGUGCUGCCCGGGGAGGGGCGGGUCCAGUGGCAGGGGGGAGACCGAGGGAGGGGACGUUCUCUCAGCAGGACCCCAGGCCCUUAACCCUCAGGCCAAAGUCAACACAGGAGUCAAAGUGACAACACUCACUCCAAGCCCCUCUCCUGGCACCGAUGUGGACGAGGCAGACAUGGAGGAGGAAGAUGAUGAGAUGGUGGAAGAGGAUGAGCAGGUGGUGGAAGAGGCAGUAGAGGAUGAGGAGGAGGAGGAGGAGGAAGAAGAAGAGGAGGAGGAGGAGGAGGAGCAGCAGGAGGUUGCAGAAGCAGCAGCAGUGAAAGACCCAGAGGAGUAUGAGUACUCCAUUGACUCUGGCCCCUACCAGGCUACUGACUACACAGACUCCUUCUACUAUGAGAAAGGCCAGGGUCAGGCUGGUCGCAACCCCUCCACAUCCCCACCCCAGACCAGGGGAGACAGCCUACCCACCCCUCGCCCCACAGAUGGUGUGGAUGUUUACUUUGAGAUGCCAGGGGACGACAGCGAACACGCCAACUUCCUGCGUGCCAAGAUGGACCUGGAGGAGCGGCGAAUGAAACGCAUCAAUGAGAUCAUGAAGGAAUGGGCUGAGGCUGACAACCAGUCUAAGAACCUGCCCAAGUCUGACCGCCAGGCCCUUAAUGAGCAUUUCCAGUCUGUGUUGCAGACUCUGGAGGAGCAGGUGGCAGGGGAGAGACAGAGGCUGGUGGAGACCCAUCUGGCCCGUGUGGUGGCCACCCUCAACAACAACCGCAGACUGGCCUUGGAGAGCUACCUGACCGCCGUGCAGGCCGAGCCCCCUCAGCCGGAGCGGGUGCUGCAGGCUCUGAAGCGAUACAUGGCAGCAGAGCAGAAGGACCGCAGACACACUCUGAGACACUACCAGCACAUUGAGGCCGUCGACCCCCAGAAGGCUGAGCAGAUGAAGUUCCAGGUCUACACCCACCUCCAUGUGAUUGAGGAGAGGAUAAACCAGAGCUUGGCUUUACUCUACCAGGUCCCUGCCUUGGCUGAGGAGCUGCACGAUGAUAUCCAGGAGCUGGUGAAGGCGGAGCGAGGAGACAUCAGUGAGCUCAUGACCACUUCCUUCUCUGAGACACGCACCACCGAGGAGCUGCUUCCUGCCGAGAGUGAGGAGGAGAAGGAUGACGAGGAGGAGGAGGAGAGAGCCUUCCAGAACAGGCCCUACCCACCCCGCAUCGACCCACAGCCCAACACUAAGAAAGCCUCUACAGACGAGUAUGACUAUGCCACAUCUGAGAGAAGCCCCACAUAUGAAUAUGAGGAGAAAAUUAACACCUCUCUGGAGCUCAAGCAGGUGGUCUACAAGUCUCCUGAGAUCCAGACCGAUGAACUACAACCAGACGCCCUGGAGACGUUCAACCGUGGGGCCAUGGUGGGGUUGCUGGUGGUUGCCGUGGCCAUCGCCUUGGUGAUGGUGAUCAGUCUGUUGCUGGUGCGCAGGAAGCCGUAUGGCACCAUCAGCCACGGCAUUGUGGAGCAGGUUGACCCCAUGCUGACCCCAGAGGAGCGCCAACUAAACAAGAUGCAGAACCACGGCUACGAAAACCCCACCUACAAAUUCUUUGAGCAAAUGAACUGAGGCGAUGGGUGUGGCCUCCCGGUCAUGCCCAAUCACACGAGGCGCUCCCUUUCCUUGCUCCCCUCCUAGGGGUGGUCCCAGUCACACCGCCUAUGUUGUAUUAAGAUGUAUCAUUACGACCAACACUUUAAUGUAACUUGACAAGCAAAUAGGGGGUAUAUGCCCCAAACCUCUGACCAACCAUGUCCCCACAUCAGUUUUGGAAUGUAAACCAGUAACAGAGACGUAUUACCAACUGACCCAUCCUCUUACUCUUCUGGUCUAGAAUAAAGGGGUGGACAUUAAUGCCACAGUGUAACAAUCAUCUCCUUUGGAGAGAUUCACUCCUGUCUACUUGGAUAGGAAUGCCAUUGGAAUGGCUUGAGUUGACCCCCUUAUUCUUAAUAAAAUGGAUUGAUAUUUGUCAGAAACGGACUCAAUGUUGAACAGUGCAUUUUGCUUUGUUGUGUAUGUCAUCUGUUUAUUCUUUGUUGGAUUGUGUUACAGCUCUGAUUCAUUAUAUUCCAGUUCAGAUAAAUGGUGUAAAAUGUGAACAAAGAAUAUAGUCUGAUUAUAGUAUAACUGAUUUAAAUCUCCAUACAAACUGGUUCUCUAUCUAAAGCUACAAUGACUCUGACAUGAUGACCACCAAGCCAACCCCACCUCCAUGAGUCAAUGAAGGAUAUCUUAUUUCAAAGCCAGGCACAGUUGUAAAGGUUAAGCAGAGAUGAGGAGGUUGGGUAGUUAUAAUGAAUGAAGCAGAGAUGAGGAGGUUGGGUAGUUAUAAUGAAUGAAGCAGAGAUGAGGAGGUUGGGUUGGGAAUGUGAGGUAUUGAAGCUUGAUUAACUUAGUUGUUACUUAGUUAUUACUUACACCAACAUAUAUUAUCAAUCCAUAGUAAAAUGGGUUUGUGGUCUUGAUAUUAAGCCCAACCUCAUCUCCUUCAGUCUGUGGCAUCUGACACAACCGGCACCCAGUGCCUAUUCUAUGUGAUGUGAACUAUUUAAUUGAACUAAUGUACCAAAUGUACCAUUUAAGUUAAGUGAAUGACUGCUACCUACAAAAUUGUAACAAAGUAAUGAGAAGUCCAUUAUUUUAAUGAGAGCAUGCAGAUUUGGUGUAUGAUGCUACCGUCUUUGUGUUGUUCCUGUUCUUUGCUUUUGAUAAGAUGGAAAUGUGACAGAUUAAAAUGGACAGUGUAAAUAUCUUUAGAAAAAAACAUCUUCAAAAUAGACAUUUCUAGAAUUAUUUUGCAUCAGUGUAAUGGAAUAAAAACAAAAAGAAUA